AUGGCGGACGAGGCCGACGAAGUGGCCAAUUUCCCCACAGAGUUCCUCAACGCUUUGGUACCGGACGGCCUGCCACCGUUCCGUCUGAAGUUGAAGGUGGGGUGCAUCGUGAUGUUGCUCAGAAAUCUCGAUCCGAGGAGACGACUGUGCAACGGUACGAGGUUGGUGGUCACCGAACUGCGGACUCACAAUUUCAAAGCGAAAAUUUUGGGCGGUGACCCACAGGACGAAGACAUCGUCCUGCCCAAGAUACCGCUCACGUCCAGCGCUGAGGACGACCUGCCCAUCCUACUGCGGCGCCUUCAAUUCCCGGUGAGGUUGUCGUUCGCCAUGACCAUCAACAAGUCACAGGGCCAAACGUUCGACAGGGUAGGUUUGCUACUGACGUCACCCCCUUUCACUCACGGGCAGCUGUACGUAGCGUUUUCGAGGGUGAGAAACGCACAGUCCGUGAGAGUCGGCAUGUACGCCGACGACAGCGGUCGAUUCGUCACCAAGAACAUUGUGUACAGGGAAGUUCUGUAA